AUGCUCGACUCGGAAGCCUCAGACUCGGGCGCUGUAGGCAAAAUCCCUUCCCUCGAAGACACCGACUUUGACCUGGAAUUUACUGAACUCCAGACCGACAUAGAAGCUGAACUCACCAAGCGCCAAUGGACCCAUUACGCUGAGAGCUUCCUGCCGUUGAGCACGCUAGAAAUAGAGACACAUGACUCCGACACACAUGACUCCGAAGGACCUGGCGCAAAUCAGACUCCCGACGUACUCUCACUGACCAACGCUUGCUUAGGCACCACUUGCUAUGCCUUUAAGACAAACGCUCUGGAUGCAAACGCUCUGGAUGCAAACGCUCUGGAUGCAAACGCUCUCGACGCAAACGCUCUCGACGCAAACGCUCUCGAUGCAGACAAUUACGUUUUCCACGACUGGCCUACCGAGAGUUGCAUGGCCGACGGAGGUCUACGUCUCGUCCACGUUCCCGUCGACGACCGUCAUCACUUUAUCCAAGCCGCACGUGUCAUGGUCGGCACAUGUCCUGACACCUGUCGUCCCUUCGUGACAUGUGCCACGGCACAAACUGGACGGACGAUACCCCGAGCAGUACUGAGGCACCACCCCCGAGUUUGCCGUCUUGCAUACAGGCCUCUGCCUAACAAACCACAAAAACGCGAGCUAAAGACGACCUGUGUGUUGAAGACAAACGCGUGCAAGGAUACUACCAGAAAGCACUGA